GGCGCGCCCCUCCCUCCGCACGCGCAGGUGCCAGACCAGACGCCAGCUCCGGCGCGCUGACAGACGACUUUCCUCAGUUGUCAGUUUUCUCGCUUGUCAGCAGAGCUGCUGCUAUGGAGUCGCCAACCAAGGAGAUAGAAGAAUUUGAGAGCAACUCUCUGAAAUACCUGCAGCCGGAACAGAUCGAGAAAAUCUGGCUUCGGCUCCGAGGGCUGAGGAAAUAUAAGAAAACAUCCCAGAGGUUGAAUUAUGUCCCUCGCCUCCUCCCCAAGAAAAGGUUACGGUCUUUGGUCAAACAAUUAGAGAGAGGGGAGGCUUCUGUGGUAGAUCUUAAGAAGAAUUUGGAAUAUGCAGCCACAGUACUUGAAUCUGUAUACAUUGAUGAAACCAGGCGACUCCUGGAUACAGAGGAUGAACUCAGUGACAUUCAGUCAGAUGCGGUGCCCUCUGAGGUCCGAGACUGGCUGGCCUCCACCUUCACGCGGCAGAUGGGGAUGAUGCUCAGGAGGAGCGAGGAGAAGCCACGGUUCAAGAGCAUUGUCCAUGCAGUACAGGCUGGGAUCUUUGUGGAGAGAAUGUAUAGACGGACAUCAAACAUGGUCGGAUUAAGUUACCCCCCAGCUGUUAUUGAAGCACUAAAGGAUGUGGAUAAGUGGUCCUUUGAUGUCUUUUCCCUCAAUGAAGCCAGUGGGGAUCAUGCACUGAAAUUUAUUUUCUAUGAAUUACUCACACGCUAUGAUCUGAUCAGCCGUUUCAAGAUCCCCAUUUCUGCACUUGUCUCAUUUGUGGAAGCCCUGGAAGUGGGAUACAGCAAGCAUAAAAAUCCUUACCACAAUUUAAUGCAUGCCGCUGAUGUUACACAGACUGUGCAUUACCUCCUCUAUAAGACAGGAGUGGCGAACUGGCUGACGGAGCUGGAGAUCUUUGCUAUAAUCUUCUCAGCUGCCAUCCAUGACUAUGAGCACACCGGAACCACCAACAACUUCCACAUUCAGACCCGGUCUGACCCAGCUAUUCUGUACAAUGAUAGGUCUGUUUUGGAAAAUCAUCAUUUAAGUGCAACUUAUCGCCUUCUGCAAGAGGAUGAGGAAAUGAAUAUUUUGAUCAACCUCUCAAAGGAUGACUGGAGGGAGUUUCGGACCUUGGUAAUUGAGAUGGUGAUGGCCACAGAUAUGUCCUGUCAUUUCCAACAAAUCAAAGCCAUGAAGACUGCUCUGCAGCAGCCAGAAGCAAUUGAGAAGCCCAAAGCACUGUCCCUGAUGUUGCACACAGCAGACAUUAGCCAUCCGGCAAAAGCGUGGGAGCUCCAUCACCGCUGGACUAUGUCACUGCUAGAGGAGUUCUUCAGACAGGGUGAUAGAGAAGCAGAGCUGGGGCUGCCUUUUUCUCCUCUGUGUGAUCGAAAGUCGACCAUGGUUGCUCAGUCGCAAGUAGGUUUUAUUGAUUUCAUUGUGGAACCCACUUUCACUGUGCUCACGGACAUGACUGAAAAGAUUGUGAGUCCAUUCAUUGAUGAAACCUCCCAAUCCAGCGGGGCAGGACAGAGGCGUUCGAGUUUGAACAGCAUCAGUUCGACAGAUGCAAAGCGGUCAGGUGUCAAGAGUGCUGGCUCAGAAGGAAGUGCCCCCAUCAGCAAUUCUGUCAUCCCUGUUGACUACAAGAGUUUUAAAACCACUUGGACAGAGGUGGUGCACAUCAAUCGGGAGAGAUGGAGGGCCAAGGUGCCCAAAGAAGAGAAGGCCAAGAAGGAAGCAGAGGAAAAGGCUCGUCUGGCCGCAGAGGAGAAGCAAAAGGAAACGGAAGCUAAAAGCCAGGCUGAAGAAGGCACAUCUGGCAAGGCUGAAAAAAAGACGUCUGGGGAAGCUAAGAAUCCCAUCAAUGGAACGCGUACAAACAAAGGCGACAACCCUCGUGGGAAAAAUUCCAAAGCUGAGAAGUCGUCAGGAGAAAAGCCACAGAAUGGUGACUUGAAAGAUGGUAAAAAUAAGACAGACAGGAAGGAUCAAGCCAAUGUCGGAAGUGAUUCAAAGAAAACAGAUGAUUCAGAAGAGUAAGAGCACCUCAUAUACAAUAAAAGAGGCUGCCAAUGUCUUGCAUCAUUUUAGCUGAGCUUCAUUCUCCUUCUUCCACAAAGACCCAUAUCUGGGGAAGGUGUACAGCUUUCAGAAACAAGCCCCCACCCCACACACCUUGGCCUUCUCUUGUGCCAUCUCCUCCCAGGAGAUGAUGACUCCCUGGGAGCUGGUUUGAGGUCUUAGAACUCUGGGAGAUUUUCCCCCAUGUACACAAAACAACUUGAGAUUUUUGCACAAACAGAAACAAAACAUGAAGGGACUUCCUCAAAAUCCUUUGCUAAUGUCCUGACUUUCAAGGCACAUGUCGGGCUUGAUGAGGACGGACAUCCUGGAUAUGCUGAGAGAGGCCUGAAAAAGCCACCCACAGAGUUAUUGCCAUUUUAUUACUGUCAAUGCCAUUACUUUAAAUUGGUAUUUUUGGACGGGCUGCUGACGGUGGCUACAGCCAUGCUGGCCUUCAUCCCAGUGGACGCGAUGCUUCCGGUCUCUGGUUGGUCCUUUUCUGAGUCAGGAACAUUCUUUUUCUCCAGUUUCCUUUCAGACAUAAAAACUGUUCAUAUGCCUUUCUUUCCAUUUAUAUAAUAUGAAAUUCUCUCUCUCUCUUCUCUUUUUUUUUUUAAACAAGGAGAUUGUCCUCCAGGACUCUUCAUUUGAUGCUUAAUUUAUCUGUGCAUUCAUUAAUAUAAACCUGAGUGUUUUAGCUGAUGACCAUACUGUUCAGGGGGAGCCCAUUUUCUUCAUGGGAAAGCAUCCAUAACUAAGGGGUCACUAAAAUGUUUACCACCGGCUGUCCUCUUGUUUUGGAUAUCUAUAGUUUGACUUAAUUAUUCUUGUUUCUAUUCAGGGAAGUGCUAAGGGAAUUAGUAUCAGGGAGAUAUGUCAGAUAAUUCAUCUUAGUCCUGAAAAAUACAGAUAGGAAAUAAUUAAUAGCAUGAAUCCAAAGGAAGGAUAGUAGAUGUAGCAUCGGAAGAGAAUAAAGAUACAGCCCCCAGAACCAAUUCAAAAGUGGGAUCCAUUGAAGUGUAUUUAAUGUGUAAUUUCAUGGGUCCAAAUGGUGUGAUUCGGAUGAAACCAGUUCUUAACAUGUGCUUAUGGUUCACAAAGGAACCUUUGAGUCCUUCCCAGGAGAAAUCACAUGACUCUGCUGGUGAUGGGGUGGGAUUAAUAACUGGGAGAGAGAGUUGACAGUGUAUUCCCCACUGCAGAUUUAAUUUCUAUGUUAAAAACUCACAAAAAUAAGCACUUAAGUCUUCUCAUUUCUAGUAAAAUGUUGCUAUUUCUUCAGACAGAAAGGAGACUAUGUAUGUUGUCACUGCAGUUUUCUCCAACAGAAAGAUCUGAAGAACUCUGUCGUGUAGAAUGCACAGUCAAACCGAGUUUGAACAGGGUUGUUUGGUCAGUUUUACAUUUUGCCUCAUAAUAACACAUAUUCUUCUGUUCCUCCCCUAUUUUCCUAACAGUGACUGCUGUAAUAAUGUGGUCACAGAAUCAAAUCAGGGGCCUGCCAGGUCAAGUAAAUGAUUAAGCAAGCUAUGUAAAUCAUAGUCAUUUACUGUGACAAAUGGCACUUCAUAAUGAGCUUUUGUAUCAGCAAGGCAGUUAGGAUCAGUAAGAACCGUGAGGAAUUGGAGACAGUGUCUACUGUUGAAAGCAAGAAGUUGCUAGUCAGCUAUGGGAUUAGUGCUUUGUAGGAAAGGGGGUUCUGGAUAGCUAGGAUUUUAUAUAAACACUCUUGAAAUUUUCAAAUAUUGGUAACUAGUUGAGAAACUUACAAACACUGUGCUGGUCAAAGAAAACAUGCCUGUAGCCUGCAUUUAAUCCACAGGAUAUCAGUUUGCAAACUGUGCUCUUUGAGGUGGUAUGGUUUUGUACAGGAAUAAAACACAACCAGUGCAUGUCAGUUCUUGACCUUGGAACCUGAACCUUUUACCUCAUUUCUAUUCUGUAUAUUUGUAUGUAGAGCUUUGCACUCAGUCAAAAUAGAAAGCCUACAGCUUCCCUUUUAUACUUUAACAAGGAAGACUAAACAAUAUUUGAAAAAGAAACAGGAAUAUAGCCAUUUUUUCUGGUACCAAUAAAGAUGGAAGUGUUUUUCAUUUGCUCUAAAUCAUUAAUUAGCUCAAAAAGAAUGGGAAGAGAAUUUCAAUCCGUAAAGAACUGCUUGGAACUCUCAAUGUGAAAACAAUAGCUCCAUAUAACUCUUAGUUUUAAAUUGUUUGAAGGGACAUUGAGUAAAAAUGCAAAAUUAUCUAAUUUUUAAACACAUAAAACAAUGUAGCAUUGUGCUAUAGAUUGAUACUAGAGUUGAUAAAACAUUAAAAUAACGAUCCCAAGUCUACAUUGACGGGAAGAACAGUAUUUUCAAAGCUCUAGCUCAUUUUCUUUGGUCUUUGCAUUUUCUUGAAACAGCUUCCAAGAGAGCAGUGAUAUGGGACACACAUGUUUCCAUUGCAUGGAUUAUGUCAUUUUAUCUGUGUUACAUUGUCACAUAGAAAGCAAGGGCUUACACACAUGAAUUAAGAAUUGAGUGGUAUAUGGGGAAUGCGGUAGGGACAUUUCCACCAUUUACAAAUUCCAAGUUCUACACAUACCUGGGGGGAAAGUGAUAAAUGGAGUUGGCCCUUGAGUUUGGGUCCCCACGUCACCAAAUAGCUUUACAUCCAAGUUUUGUUGAUGUGGUGUGCUUGGGUGGCCUAAUGACCCACCCCAGGGAGGUCUUUGUUCCAUCUUUUAUUCAUGCCAACCUUCCUUAAGUUAUGAGCCCUAAUAGGUUAUGGCAGCAGGCAAGAGACUCAUUUCUAACCCAUUAAACUGAAAUGGAUUUUCUUCAAUUGUCCAUUCCACUCUUGGAGCUUUUAAAAACUAUUGAAAACAUCUGACAGGAUCCGAUGAAGGUCCUGAUAGACUUAACAGUAAAAUGGUAUCUGAACACCUGAGAGCUGAAGAAUAAUGUAGUGUACUAGUUUAUUUCCUUUGUGGAAUUAAAGCCAUUGUAUUAUCUUUUCUGCCUGGAACCUUGCCUUUAAUAAAUGUGAAAUCUAAAAAGUAAAGAGCAAUAUUAUCACAGGAUGUGAGACAGAGAGCGGACAAAAAGAUGGAGACCAAUUUUGUAAUCCAUAUUUUGAGAGUAAGGACACUGGUCUUAGUAUCACUUCUAUUAUGGAUCACUUUUGUAGAUGACAUAUAGAUAGAUAAAUAGGCAGAAUAUAUAUUUUCUUCUUAACAGUUGAGCAGAGAUUUACAUGAUAGAAAUAACUUCAUCACAUUCACCAUGGAGUAUGGGGGAAAACAAAAGGAAAAAAAUCACAAAAUCUUUCUCUUAUGAUGAGAUAGAUAAGAUUCUGAGAUUAAAGCCUAUGUAUGUACUAUUAUGUCCCAAAUGAUGGGGAUUUAGGGAAUCCAGGCAGCACUUUUUUUUUUCCAGUUGGGAACUUCCUUCUGAUUCUGAGAUCCCCAUCCAUCCCAGUGGGGGCUGCAGCACUGGCCCCCCCACAAUGCCGGAGACACAGUCAGCAUUCAGGAAACACAUGCAGAAUUGUCUGGCUGAGUUCCACUGUCCACCUAUGAGUACACACAAAGCUCAAAUAUACCUGAAAAAUUUAUCCAACAUCUUCAAUAUGACAAGCACAUUGCUAAAGACUUCUAUUCUAAGUAUAUGUGGACACCUCCUACCUAGAGUGACACAAAUAACUUAUUAUAAGGGAUGGGAAAUUGUAGGUAGUUUGGGGAAAAUUUUCAGAGCCAAGUUUAUUAACAAAUUACAAAUAAAAACUUCUUUAUUGUCCUUGGAUUUAAGAAAAACAAAAGAGGAUUUAUCUGAAAAUGCUCUUCCAAAGGGGGUGAUGAUACCAAUCUAUAUGAAAUACCAGUGGAUUUAUUUAUAAUCCAAGUUGUAAUGUUUAAACUUGAAAAUGAACUCUCUUGGAGCAAAUAGGAGGUUCUAUAUACACAUGGUGGGGAACCAUUGCCUGGUUGUGCUCUGCCACCGUAAUAGUUGAUGUAGCACUGAACCACUGCAAAAUUGAAUGUUAAAGAACAUAACAUUGCAACAAUGAUGUUAUAUUGGAUCUUAUGUGUGACUAAAUGGAAAGUAAUACUUGUAAUUCAUCAACAGUGAUUCAUGAUUAAAGUCCUCAUUAUCACCAGUAAGAAAAUGAAUUUAAUGAAAAAAUUGUAACGAGCAGCACAAUAUUUCUCUGAAAUCUCCCUUUGAGAACCAAGAGACACAUUACCUGCCGAGACCAGAUUUCAGUUGUUAUGGUUUCCUCUUAUCAAAGACACUGAUGGGCACAGAGGUGACAAUAGGAUUAAAAUGGUAACAGAGCUAGCUAGGGCAUUAGACUGAGUUCUGUGAAUGUGGGCCUACGGAGAUGAGAAUAAUGGGAAGUCAUCCUUUCCAUGUCCUCGUUGGACAUUUGUAAAAGACUGGAUACUCCUUCAGGCAAGUCUGCAAUAAGCAAGAAUUGUUUUAUCAAAAGAAUAUCUUGCUUUUACAUUAAACAAGAGUGGGGUGCAGUGGGAGACCGGAACUGAAAGAUUCACGAGAAACCAUUUAAACAUCAUUAAUUCCAGAUUAUUUAAUUACCCCCACCCCACCCAUUUUUCUUUAAAAUAUUGCAGAUGUAUUUAGGAUGAAUGCACAUUUAUUCUGGUUUUGUUCCCAAGUGGAAGUGGAUUGACACCAGCAAUGGCUGGCUUCUCUAAAUUGGACAAGCCUUGAUUGCCACCCACUGAACCAGGAGAAGCAGGGGGUGGCAUGUGGUCCUUCCAGCUCACUCAGGGCACCCUUGCUCAGUCUCUUGUGGGAGAUUCACCAUCUCCAUGCGUAAGUGCUGGCUGUUGCAGGCCAGUCAGUCCUCAUGGAGGCCCUCAGCUUGGGUCAGCUUCAGCCACAGUUCCUGAACCUCACCCAUGCAUCUUCCUGGGACCUGGCUUCUGAACCUGCAGAAGCUUUUCUCUGUCUGUCAGGGCGCAGGAUAACUUAAAUAAAUCCCAUUAAAACCCAAUAGCUGUGGAAUGGCUUUUAAAUAGAUUGCCCUGGAGGCACACUGUUGUGUAUAGUCUUUGCUUUUCUGUCAUGAUCUAUCUAUUUGUGGACUUCUAUGUGUCCUUUUUUUUGAGUGGGUGUAUGUGUGUACAGAAAUAGUCACACAGCAAUAUGCAUAGAUUUAUAGAAAAGCCUACAGCCAUAGGUAUUGUCCAGUAACUGAUUCUAGAGAUAGAACUGUAGAAUAUACAAUUUUCCUUUUUUCUUCCUUUAAUGAUAUUUUUAUACAUUUUUAUAUGCUGUAAAAAUUUUUUAAAAUUUUGCUCUUUUCAUUUGGAGAGCUCUGUUAGGUUUUUAUCAGCUCCGGUACCUGCUGUACAAGCCAUAUUCUUCCCUAAUUUGAGUCCUCUCCCUUUUUCAUACCCUUUCUUUUACCUUUCCCUUCUUACGUUCCCUCAUUUUUCUACCUUUCACAGUCCUUUUGCCUCUGUCCAGGCAAGCCAUUCUGCUGGUGGUAUUAUUUUAGCACAUGGAAACAGAAAAAUAAUGGAAAAAACAAAAGUAUCUUCUUCCAGGGUAAUCAACAUAAGGAAAUGUUGGGUGCCAAGGUGUGGGGGGAGGGGGGCGGUGGGGAGGUGGGAGUAAGGAACAGAUUGGGGAAAGGCAGUGGGAAAAAGUCACCCAAAGCAAGGUGAGCCAUUCUGAGGCUAAUAUAAAGCUAUUAUUAUCUUCCCUUAGUGUAGAGGACAAUUUCUGCUGCCUGGGGGUUUUUCUCCUUAGGAUACUAUGCCCUCACCAUGGGUUUACAGAAAUUCUCUCCUAAUAAGAACACUGGCCAUAUAUGAAAGAAUAACUCAGCUCAUCUUCUCAGCCAGAGAUUUUGCUGCUGUUCAGCUGGAUUUGUAGGAGAUGUCUGUGUUAAUAUCAAGAAUGUAUAAUAAAAUUCAAAAGAGGGAGACAAGCAGAAUCCAAAUCCCAAACCUCAAUCCAAAUCAUGCUGUACGAAUAGUUCUUUGGAGGAAUAAGGAAGAGAUUCCUGGAUAUGUUUUGAGAAUGCUCUUCCAAAAGGGAAGUUGGUAAAAUGGACUUGUCUGUUUUAUGGCAGUGAUAGAAUAUACUUUCAUGAUGUGAAACAUGCUUCUAGCAAAUAAAAUGCAGGUUGCAGUUUGCAUUUGUAUAUCAUAGGGCAAGACAAUGGCCGUCCUUUCUAAAGAAGAGUGUUUUGUUCCCUAUGAUGCUGGCUUGUACUAAAACUCUUCAAAUACCAUAGCACCACAUUUCCAAAUGUAAAAGUAAAUCAUAAGAAUUCAUGUAAAACAGAAAUGCUACACUGCUCUCAAUAAAUUAAAGAUGUAUUUAUUGUAACUCUUUAUUGCACAGAUGAGGCUGACAGUACUCAAUGUAUAAUUUCCCCCCAGCAUCUAGUAAUGAAUAAGUAUUUGUAUGUUCUUCUGACUACCAAAUAAAAACAAUGAGUU